CUUGUGUUGGAACUCGCCAUGUGACUAAUCGUCGUAAAUAUAGUUUACACACGGGAAUUACAUCUGACAUUGAUACAGUCAAAAAAAUCACUUGCAGUAAUAUCAGAGUAAUUAUGCCGAGAAAAGCGAGAUCACUUUCGAAGAGGAAGAUCAUGUAAUCCUGUAUCAUUAUAUCUUUCGGAUCAAAAAUGGCGGGCUUUUCGAUCUUCGAAACUCUACACGUUGUGGAUUCGUUGUGGUAAACUGUCUAUUUGUUUUGGCCACGGCUGCAUUGGAUAGCACCUCUGAACUCAGUAAUCCUUUGGAUACUUGGCGAAAGGAAGAUCAGGAUUAUGUAUCACCCGAUAAAACACUGCAAAGGUUGGUGAAGUGUAAUAGUAGUAGUAUUUCCCCUCUCAGAACGAAUGAAACAUAGCAUGGAAAGGCACUGUUCAGAAAUGAUGAAUUUAUGGACAAACUAAUGAACUCCUACAUCAUGAGCACUGUGGAACAGUUUGAUCUGAACUGCACUGCAGCCAGAGUGUUGAUACCCAUACCCAUACCUGGGCUGGAAAGUGCUGCAGUUUUUCAGGAUAUGGUAAGUUUAGCAAGGUAUUCUAAAUCAUUCAACUCCCAAGAUCUGAUUUAAAUUCUCUCCUCUAGCUGCUAGACAUUUCCUUGUAAAUUCGUUAUGAGAAUUUGGUGUUUCACACUUUUCACACUUUUAUUUUUUUAUUUUCUCACAUAUUUACAAGAUAUUAGAUCAAGAUGACAACUUCUUCCUGAUAAGUCUGACUAUUCUCGUUACCUUUUUGCUGGAUAAUGUAUGAAUAUUAUAGGGAGAAGUUACAUGUUAAUCACUUCUGGGAGUUAAAGUCCAGAUUGUGUCCAGUUUCUGUGGCAUGGUACUCCCUUUUUUAGAAAAGAAUAAAGACUUAAUAUUAACUCGCACAAUUUCUACUUCAUCAAAUUAUGGAUAAAAAAAAAAUGAAUUUCUUUUAGUUAUGAAUUUAUGAAAAAUUUAUGAAAAAGAAAAAGAAAAAAAAAGAGACUUUAUUUGUUGCUCUCAGUCACCUCACUUCAGUGGAAAACACUUUUAAAAAAAUGCAAACUUUUCAGACUCACUUUCAUUUUUCCUUAAUUAAUAAAUACAUAUUUCUUUAAUAGGGUAAGAGAGAUGGUAAAUUUUGAGCUUGGUAAAGAAAUAGAGAAAGAUGUUUUUUGUCUUGUCACAACAAAGAAAAAAUUCUGAUCUGAGUCCCCACGUUGAAUCAAACCUUAGAUCUUGGGAUUCUGGGGUCUGAUGCUCUAUCAGUGAGCCACAGAGACUCUACGGUGAGUGAGGUUUAUUACAAAGUGCAUACUGCUAGGAUCAGCAAUGUUGUUAGCAUCAUGUUUGUAAACAGAAUAUGACUCAGAAUUUUUUUCUUUUUCCUACACACGUGACAAGAUGAAAACAUCUUUCUUUAUUUCUUUACUGAGUUCAAAACUUACCAUCUCUCAUUCUAUUUAUAAACAUGAUGCUAUGCAGGACACUAUGCAGGAUGCAUGUCAUAUGAACUUUGUAAUAGACCUCACUCACUGUGGAGUCUCUCUGGCUCAGUGGUAGAGCAUUGGAGUGCGGAAUCUGAAGGUCUGAGGUUCAAUUCCUCGUGGGGACUUAGAAUUCUUUCCUUGUCCCACACUUGUGAUGAGACAAUAAACAUCUUUCUCUACAUAUUUCCUAUCAACAUGUUUGAUGUCAAUCAUGUACAUGUAGGAAGCAAUGCUUAAUCAAUUAUGCAAGUGGACCAGAGAAGCCUUCAGGAACCCCUAAGAUCAUAUGCUACAGGUAUUUAUAUCAUAGUUUACUGGUCUUACUGUACACAGUACUUCAGGCUUUGAACAUUUUGGUCACCAUACCUGAAAAAGAGAAAAAAGAAAAUUUAGUUGACAAAAUAUCUAGCAUCAAGUGGCCUCCUGGGGAAAAUUAGAUUUAUCUAAUUCUUGUACUGCUUCAGCUUCUGAAUUAACUCAAUUUUGUGUACAUGUUUAUUAACUGGGUGUAAGUAGAAGGUUGUUUAAGUUAGGUGAUCCAAGGUAGUGCACAAGGUUAAGAUAUAGAUAGUCAUGGUUUCAUUGAGGAUUCUAAUAUUCCUUUUUGUUCAUUUUUAAUGUGUAUUGCUGCAGUUGCAGCAAUUUGUUUUUAAUUUCAAGUAUCAAAUAAUAGAAACUUUGAUAAUUAUUUUAUUAACAGGUCUUUUAGCAUUUGCCAUGGAGAGCCAGGAUAUUGCAGCAGAAUUCAGAGAAGAAAACUCUACCUUGGUAAGUCAGUAUAGCAACUUUAAAGAGUGACCAGCAUCUAAUUUCUCCUCACAAUAUCUCCCCUGAAUCAAACAUAAAGGCUAUGAGAACAAAGGAAAUGAUCACCAAAUAAAGAAGCUUUUGACAUCUUGUUAAAUAAAUUCUCCAAGUCAACAACUAAAGAAAUGUAUAUAGAACAGUAUGGAGAAUAUGCAUACUGAUGUUAGGGUGAAAAGGGGUUUUUAAAAUAUUACACCUUAGCUUUGUGUUUAACAGCAUUUGUUUUGCAAAAGUCAGAGUGUAUAGCUGGGUUUACACUUCUCGGGAAUUGUCUAAUGUCACUUAUGGCAUUUUUGUUUGGAACACCUUUUUUAAACCAUACACUGAGGAUUAAAUGUUAAAUUUCACAUGUUAAGGUUCCCUGUAUGCUGUGACAGCUGCACAUUUUGAAGGACUUGUCAGAGCUUACACAGUCCCUUGUGACAGACCUGUUAAACAGGAUUAUCCUGAAGGCAAAGACAAACAGGAACAAGAAAAAAACAGUAACAUUGUGAGUAACAAAGUAAAGAAAGUGAAUCUUGCUGAGCCAGGACCAUCAUGCACAGUGCCACAGAAUGGUGAAGUACUUGGUUUGUGUAAUGGAGAAGUGGAAGAAGCAAAUAGACAGUGGAAAGGGUUAGUUCACUUUUUGAGUAUUGUAACUCAGACUGCCCCUCUGCCAGUGAGUUGAAUCUUCUAACAACUUUAAGUUGAUUUAAGUGUCUUUUCAAACUGAGUGGUACAACUGGUUUGCAACUUGAAGGCUCAAUUAUUAUCCUUUGGGUUUUCACUUUGACAGCCAAGGCAGUGCUUUCAGUAAGACCCAGCACCAGUAGGAGCUCCAGUGGGUAUUCUGUAGUGAAUUGGUAGUUAUACUCUGGGAGCUUUCAUGCAAACUCACAAUGUGAGACCUAAAACACCUUGAGAUCUUCUAGAGUUCUUUCAGUCAACUUUUACCUUUAUAAAUGAGUUUUGAUAAAAUGAUUGGUAUUUUCUUAUAUUAUAUUGUAGCAUACAUUUCAUACAUUUCCAGCCAAAAAAAAGAUAUUUUGAGUUUCCACCAGCAGACUGACUCAAAUUUUGGUAAACAUUUACCUUAUAUCCUUUCAGAGGACUUUUUGCGUGAAACUCAGGGAGCAGGCCUGCAUGUCAGGGAAUGGAAAAUUUUGAUCAGGAAUAAAAUGAUCAGUUAAACAAUUGUUAUCAAGAACAAAAAUAUUUAAUGAUCAUCUGUGAAAGUUUGGCACCAAAAACUCUGUUUUAAGCCAGUUUAUUCCGAAUGGAUGUAAUGGGAUUAUAAGAGGGAAAUUCUCUGGCAGGUGCCUUACCAUUUGGCAGCAACCUUCUUCAAAUCUUAUUGAAAGCACUGCAAGGAUAAUGUGAUGAAUAAGUUCCACAAAAGUGAGAUCUUUUGGAUGGGGUCCUUGAAGCUUUCAAUACACUAGACACUAGAUACCGGUAAGUGCAAAUAGGGUCUUUGAGAGGUCGAGUUUAUUUUUUUUUUUUGCCUCAAAAUUCCACUCUUGUGAAAAAUGUUGGAAAGCUGCACUUUAUGUUUUUUUUUUUUGACCCUUUGACUCCCAAAAUCAGAAUGUUAAUUCUCCCCUAUAGUUGCUACAUCUUUCCAUGUAAAUUAGUUAUGAGAAUUUGGUAUUUAAAUCAAGAUAACAACCUCUGCUUGAUAAGUUUGUGUAUUCUCAAUAGCUGUUAAGUGAAUUACGUAUUGUACAUUAUAGAGAGAAGUUACAUGUUGAUCACUUCUUGGAGUUUAAGGAGAACAAGGUUAGCUUUCAAUUUUGAACUAGAGAGAUUUGAUAGUAUAUCUAGGUGGUUACAAUAACAUGGAUUGAGAAGUGUCCUUCCUCAAGCACUUCAGUAUUUUUGCUUAUUAUCAUUUGUUUUUCUUCUUUUGUGUCAAGGGAGGGGGGUGGGGGGGGGGUGAGGAGGGUGAGGAGGGGGGUGCCAGGAAGGAAGUACUCCAGGUAGAUUUGCCCUGCACAAGCCAGCUCAGUUUCCUUAAUAUUAAUAAAUAUUUUCUUUUUGUUUCAGGUAAAAGUUGUCUACAAGCAAAGCAUCCGUUGUUAAUUAAAACAAGCAGGGGUUUCCGUUCCACUGGAAAUAUAAUUUGUGCACUUAAGGGAGGGUACCACAUAGUCCCUAUGUCCUUUUUCCUCUCUUCCCUGACUCUUGGCAUGCAGCAGAGACUAAUUCUGCAGUAUCUGACCCCCUUGAGGGAAUAUCAGGAGGUAUGUACUGUAAUUAGGCACUUGAGCAUUUUAGUGAUAUAUGAAGAACACAGAGAGUCUCUCCACCGAAGUACGUGGGAAGCUUGUGGGAAAAGGGCUCUGAAUCAAGGAUAAAUUAGAAAUGUCAUAUACUGUAACUUGAAAAAUUUGAGUUUGGUCCGUUUUAACUAAUCGUGCUCGGGCAAGAAAUAUUUUUUGGAUGAAGGGACAUACAUUGAUCUUGGUCAGAAGGUAACGCACUCGGAGCAAGGAUUUUUGAUCAUCAUAUGCGCUUUCACUGAACGUGCGCGAGCAAAAAAUGCUUUUUGGAUAAAGGGACAUAAAUUGGCCUUGGUCAGAAGAUAAUGCACUCGGAUCGAGGAUUUUUGAUCAUGUGAUGCAUUUUAACUAAUUGGCGCGAGUAAGAAAUAUUUGUUGGAUGAAGGGACAUACAUUGGCCUUGGUCAAAAGUUAAUGCACUCAGCUCUGAAUUAAGAGGUUCUUUUUGAGCCGUAGAAAAUUUUGUCAGUUGCUAUGGCAACUAAAACAGUCGUAGCGUAGCCUGGAGCAUUGCUUGGCCAUUGAUUUAUCUUGACACAUUUUUCUUUGAACAUUUCAAUUCAGCUGUUGCCGACAGUGUUUGAAUCUAAAGCCCGGGAUCUUGUAAUGCACUACAUUACAUUUAUAAGCCAGGUGGAUCUACAACUUGUCUUUGAAGCCCUCAAGUUAG